GACGUCACUGUCGUGCUGCCUGCCAAGAUGGCGGCGUUGUGUGAGGAGUUCACGUUGUGCGGGCUUCUCUCCGAAGCUGACGGGAGGCGGCGGCAGCAGCAGCAGCAGGACGGGCUGCAAGGAGUGGAGGAGGCCGGGGAGCCGGACACGGUGCUGGUGACGGACAGCGGCAGGACGGUGACUUUAUAUAAGGUGUCGGAUCAGAGGCCGCUCGGCAGUUGGGCGGUCAGACAAGGUCAGCGCAUCACGUGCCCUGCGGUUUACAAUCACAGCACCGGGGAGUAUGUGGUCGUCCACGAUGAGAAGGUCCUCAGAGUGUGGAAGGACGAGGACGUCGGCUUCGAUAAAGCGUUUAAAGCCACGCUCUCCGCUGAUGUCUGUCGGGUUCACAGCCUCCCAGACUCCGAGCCGCUCGUCUUAUUUCGCGGAGGGGCGCUCCGAUAUCUGGACGCUUUGCUUGCGGAUCCACAGCAGGAAAUUGAGACGGUUGUCACAGAAGACGAGAAGAUCAUCUGGUCGCAGGUGUUGGUGGAUGGCGGGCAGCCUGUUUUCAUUUUCAUCACGGAGAAGCGUCCGGAUUGGUUUGUGUACACGUGGCGUCCGGCGUUCAGCGCGAGUCAGAGGUGGAGGCUGCUGCCGGCCGCAGACGGCUCUACCGCACUGGACUUUUCAGCAAUGGUGAAGAAUAAAAUGGUGUUUCUAGCAAUACUGUACUCCAGUGGACACGUGCACCAUACAGAGGUUUCCCUCGCACCUUGUGACCAGGAGCUUGAGCUUCUGGUGUCUCCUCUCCUCCAGCUGCCGGAAGCUGCGGACACCGGGGCGCUCCUCAUUCUCCAUGAAUCUUACAUAGUGACGCUCACACCCUGCGCCCCCCAGCAGAAAGAUCGGCUCUGUAUAUGGAACACGUCUUUCCAGACCUUACAAGAUUCCAAGGAGUUUUCUCAGAAGACUUGGAGACAGCUUUGGAGUCACAAUGGAAAGCUGUUCGUCCCACACGCGAACUCCCUGCUGGUGCUGCGGUACACCUGCGAGCCGUCCUGCCUGGCGUCUGCACUCGGGAAAGGCAGAGCUACUCAGAAAUCAGCCCCAGAAGCCGUAUCCAUAGUGAAUUGGGAAGCGCUGACUGGAAAAGCCGAACAGCCCGUACCGGCCGCAACCAGGAGAACGCCUAGAAAACAGAAGCCUCAGAGCAGCGUUGCGGAGACGAGUUCAUAUUUGACGGUCCUUUCAGAUAUCCAGGCAGCUCCUGAAGGCCAGAUCCCCUCCCUGGUGCAGCGGGUGUUUGUGACCGCAGAGCUGGCGCAUUUCCAGAUUGCCAUCAGCAGCGUAGCCCAGGGACUGGUGACCCGCUGCCAGAGGCAGCCCAGGUUCUACCCGCAGAGCGCCAUCAUCACACUCGUCGAGUCCGGCGUGUUAUCUUACAGCGCGUGCCCGGACCUGAUGACCCUGUGCCUGGAGAAGCAGGACGUGCAGGCGUUGAACUUGUGCUUGAAGCACUACGUAGACAUCCCUGAAGGUGUCCUCUGCUCCUGUUUAAAGGCGUUCCUCAGUGUCAGUGAAGAAAUCCUCAGUAAAGCGAUAAUCAACACCAAAUCUGCAGCCUCUUACAUCCAAGAGGGCCCGGCGGCGGCGGAGGAGGCGAUGGAGGCGGAGCCUGUGGUGCAGAACGGCUUCAGCUCCCCCAUAGCGGAGGAGGAUAGCUGUGACGUCCAGCAUCUGGACAAGAGCAUCCCCGGAGCCGAGACGCAGGGCUCCCCGGUCAGCUUAAGGCGCGCUGUCCUUCUAAAUUCAGUUCUCACCUCCCUGUUCAGCGAGAACUUCCUCCUGCCUCAUCUGAAGGACCUCACAUCUGAACAAGUGGUUCUCCUCCUGAGAUAUCUCCAUUACCUGUACAAGAAAUGCAGCGAGAGCGUCACACUGGGCCUCCCGGGGGAGGAACGUCUGUCAAUCACCCAGGUCGUAGACUGGAUGAAUCUGAUCCUUGAUGCCAAUUUCACUGUCUUGGUUCUGCUGCCCAAAGCUAAACCUCUGCUCCGCACCCUGCAGAAGUUCGUGAGAUCUCAGAUGAAAUUUUUCUCAGAGUUAAACAAGAUAGAGGGAACUUUAUCCGAAUUACAGAAGUUAAAGCGGUCGUCGCGGCGCUGUGGGCGCUACUCCAUUGAGGUCCUUGAGCUCUACUGAUGGAAGGAAGUGGCGGCUGCGGCGGCCCCUGCCGGGAGGAGGAUGGUGGCGGCUGCGGCGGCCCCUGCCGGGAGGAGGACGGUGGCGGCUGCGGCGGCCCCUGCCGGGAGGAGGACGGUGGCGGCUGCGGCGGCCCCUGCCGGGAGGAGGACGGUGGCGGCUGCGGCGGCCCCUGCCGGGAGGAGGACACUUGUGCUGAUGGUGGCUGCGGCCUCUCCCAGGGGGCAGAGUGACAGCAGCUGUGACCACCUCUGCUGAGGGGUGGGCCCUUGUGGGGGGGUUAGGCCAUGGACACUUUUGACUGUUUAAAUAAAUAAUAAUUUCCUAA